AUGGCAAAGAUAACAUUUGUUCUUGUAUUUUUAAUUGCGCUUGCGAUCCCGUUGCGUUCGGUUUUAGGUCAAGGAGGUUGGCAAGAUCUUGUAGGAGGGGGAGAUUUUGCUGCAACAUUUGAUCAGGCUAAGAAAGCUAUUGAUGCUGCUUCUGGUGCUGCUGCUGGUCAAGCUGCUAUAAAUGAUUAUUUUGGUGGUGAUGAAGAAGGUGAAACUGAUAAUGAAGGAGCUUCUUUGGCUGGUUGGUUAGAUUCAGAAGGCAAUGCGAACAGUGAUGCGGGAAGUCCAGCAGCAGUUCCAGUAGAUUCACCAGUUGGUGCUCCAGAAGAUUUGCCAGUAGAUUCACCCAAAGGAAGCAUAGAUGAUUCUUUCUCUCCUACAAGGGCACCUCAACAAGCACCAACAUAUGCACCUUCAGAAUCACCAUCAAAUGAACCAAGCCAACCACCUGAAUUUGCACCAACAUAUGCACCAUUUGAAGCACCAACAAAUGCACCCACACAAACGCCAGAGCUAUCACCUACAAAUUCACCUGCAGAGGCACCAGAAGACGAUGAUGAGGAUGUAGAUGAUCGUCGUAAGGUACCAGGAAAUGCCCCAACAGAAUCACCUGAAGGCUCACCAAGUGAGUCACCUAAAGGAGCAAUGGCAUAUGAUGACGACGACGACGACGAGGACGAUGCACCUGAAGGAGCACCCUCACAGGCACCUAAAGGAGCACCCACACAGGCACCUAAAGGUGCAGCUUCAGAGGAUGAUGAUUGAAACAUAGAAUAGUAACAUAAACAUCACAUUCCUAAUUCAUUAUAUUUUAAACUAUGUAUGAAGGGUGACAUUCUCGCAAUGAGUAUGUAACACCUAUCAUUUUUCCCGUUAACAAUAUGGGAAAUACUUGUAUACUUGUUUGUACUAAGUUCAUUGUAAUUCAACAAAAAGUAAAUCAACAAAGCUAUACUAAGUAACAAUGUUUUACUCUU